GCGAAUUAAAUUUUGCCAGGUGUACUUUGAGUUAGACAGAUUCAUUUAUUUAUAUUCAAUACGGAUCAGUUUUGGUGGAUAGAUGUUGCCUUUACAUGCAGAUGACAAAGAAUAUCGUUUCCACAAAAGACACCGCAUUAAAGAAAAACUUCAGGGAUGGCUGAGGUUAAUAUUUUCAGAUGCUACUUCCAGGAACUUGUUUCUCUUUUUAUUAUUGAAUUUGUCUUUUGCAUUUAUUGAAUUAUUGUAUGGUGUAUGGACAAACAGUCUUGGACUAAUAUCAGAUUCAUUUCAUAUGUUUUUUGAUUGUACGGCACUCCUAGCGGGACUAGCGGCUUCGGUUAUUACAAAAUGGAGAGCAAAUGAUAAAUUUUCAUAUGGUUACGUUCGAGCAGAAAUUUUAGCCGGAUUUGUAAAUGGACUUUUUCUAAUCUUCAUCGCAUUUUUUAUUUUUUCUGAAGCUGUAGAGAGAGCCAUCGAACCUCCUGAAGUCAAGCAUGAAAGAUUAUUUAUUGUUUCUGUAUUGGGUUUGUUGGUGAAUCUUGUAGGAAUAUUUGCUUUUCAACACGGUCAUGCACAUGGCCAUGGACAUGGUCACUCUCAUGGGGGUCAUGGACAUUCGCAUGACUCACAUGGUCAUUCCAGUCAUUCACAUUCGCAAUCUCAUGGGCAUGGGCAUGGGCAUUCACAUGAUUAUGGAGGUAACAGUAAUUGUGAAGAUGAUGAUCAUAAACAAGACGCUUCUCAAAGUCAAAUUAUGCAUGGUGUAUUUUUACAUAUAAUGGCUGAUACGUUAGGAAGUGUUGGUGUAAUAAUAUCUGCUAUUUUAAUGAAUCAAUUUGGAUGGAUGAUUGCUGAUCCUAUUUGUUCAAUGUUUAUAGCUACAUUGAUUGGUGUUAGUGUGCUGCCACUUUUGAGAGAUUCUAUAUAUAUUUUGAUGCAAAGAACUCCAAAAGAAUUAGAAAAGGUGCUUCCUAGCUGUUACCAAAGGGUAAUGCAAUUAGAAGGUGUAUACAGUGUUCAAGAACCUCAUUUCUGGACUUUAUGUAGUGAUGUAUAUAUUGGAACUCUGAAAUUGGAAGUAGCUCCAGAUGCAGAUGCCAGAUAUAUUGUUAGCCAAACACACAAUAUAUUUACUCAGGCCGAAGUUCGUCAGUUAUAUGUACAGUUAGACUAUACACGGUUAUGAAUCGUGUACGAGUAUCCGGAAGAUGUUUCUUCUUAAUUUACUAAAUGAUAUCGCUAUUUUAAAUUGUAACAGUUAUUAUAUUGAUGGUUUCUUUUUGUUCAUUUAAAAUUUUUAUUCAAUUCCUGGUGCCAAAGAUUUUAUCUAAUGGGUUUCCUCGAAUCAAAUCUAGGAGAAACACACGCUACAUUUUCCUACAUACAUUGUACUCUUCUUUUUUUGUACAUUCCUAUAAGACGUGACCAAUUCUAUUUAUUAUUUUAUUCUUACGAAGUAAAAGCAGUAUUUUUAUAUCUUCAUUACUAUUUGUUAUAUUAGUAUUUUAAACCAGGACUGGAUAAUUAUUUUGUAUGUGAUACUUGAUACUAUACAAAUGGAAAUGGAAAGAUGUAAAUAAAAUAAAAUUGAGAUACAAACUUGUACUUAAUAUAUUGCCCAGAUGGGAUUUACGAAGAAUUAGUAUCACGACAUCAAAGACUUCAGUAAUAGUAAAACUGUCUAGAAAGCCUUAUAAAUAAGUGAAAGUUUUUCUUUAUUUUCUUACUGUUUAAAAUAUGUUUUUUUAUAAUUUACUGUUACGAACUGUCUGACGGUGACGGAUAAAUCCUCGGUUAUUACAAUUGUUCGCUUAUAAGAGUCAAUCGUUUUUUUGUAAUCAAAAUAUCGAAACCGAUCUAAGAA